CAACUCUAGCUCUAGCUGUCAACUUCAGACUUCUGUCCGCUGCGAUUGUCUUUUAUUCCACAGAUUGGUUGCACAUGUUCAUCGAUUUCUGAGGAAUUUAGGGAAAGUAUUACGGUCAAUUCGUUAAAAUGGGAGCAAUAGCCAGCAGAUACCGUGUUUCGAACUCCGGGCUCACUAGCACAGAUUUAAAAAACCUAGAAAAUGAGAACAAACGUGAAAAUCCCGGGACUUUGGAUGAGUUACACAAAAAGACCAAAGAUGUCAUGCCUGUAAACUUUGAAGGUGGAAAACUAAUGGUGAACAAGGGUAUAUCUAAUCAUUUUCAGAUGUCACACACAUUAACAAUGAGUUCGCAGCAGAACGGAUACAAACUAGGAGCCACAUACAUUGGCACAAAACAAAUAUCGCCAACGGAGGCAUUCCCUGUCGUACUGGGCGAUGUAGAUCCAUCUGGAAAUGUUAACUUUAACCUCAUACACCAACUUACACCUGAAAUUAGAGUAAAGGGAGCAGCACAGGUUCAAGAGUGCAAACUCACCGCUACACAAGGGACUCUGGAAUACAAAGGCUCUGACUACACAUUAGCAUUGGCGGUAGGCAAACCCGACUUUAGUGAAAAGUCUUCAGUCCUCGUUGGUCAUUACUUACAGUCUGUUACAAAGCGAUUGUCGCUGGGAGCGGAACUGGUGUACCAAUCAGGAACAAGGGUAAUGGGGGGUGAAAUAGCCAUCGUUUCGGGGGCCGGACGAUAUACCAUGGAUGAUUCGGAAGUGUCAGCGACUCUAGGCGCUGCCGGCUUCCACUUGUGCUACUUCAAACAAGCCAGUGAACAGUUGCAGAUCGUAGCAGAAAUGGACACAUCGUUCCGAGGGAUGGAAUCGGUGGGCACAGUAGGAUACCAAGUCACCAUUCCUAAAGCGGAACUCGUAUUCAGAGGUAUGGUGGAUUCCAAUUGGAACAUCGGUGCUGUUCUAGAGAAGAAACUACAACCAUUGCCUUUCACGUUUGCCCUCUCCGGGAUGGCUAAUCAGGCCAAGCAACAAUUCAAAUUUGGCUGCGGGCUGAUCAUCGGUUAAAAAACACCAAAUUAUGUUCCAAACAUUUACCCGCAGACACAUUCUGUUAAAAAAAGAUUGCAUUUCAUUUGAAUGCGUGUGGGCUCAACGAUAUCGGACUCUAAUGCGUGGCGUUAAGGGCUUUUGUACGCGCACAAGUGAAUUGUUAGUGAAAAACAGUAAAACAAAUGGUCGGGCAUUAGCUAUGUACGUUUAACGGCU